AUGGAAUUGGUAGAUGUGCGGUAUUCUAAUUGCGGAAACAAACAAGGUAUCGAUCUGGUUGUUAUAUUUACUUUUAGUUUUGUAUUUGACAAGCAAAAAGAACUUGGUGCAAAUGCAGAAUCAUAUGGCAUUGAUAUAAUAGCUGUCCAAGAACACCGAUUUUACCACCCUGGCAACAUCCUCAAAUACCAUCAAGUCGGUUCUUAUCAACUUGUAACCUCCUCAGCAUCAAAGAAUACUGUUAAUUCAACAGUUGGAGGUAUCGGAUUUCUACUUUCAUCAAAAGCUAGUGAUACUCUCUUGAGUAUAGAGUCAAUCUCACCUAGAAUUAUGGUGCUUGAGAUAGAUGGAAACCUGAAAACAACAAUGGUAUGUGUGUAUAGCCCACAUAAUUCGUCUGUGGCAGACGAGAUUGAGAAUUUUUAUACAACCCUUCGUUCAACCAUUGAGCAAGUACCUCUCCAUAAUUUUCUAGUUAUAGCUGGUGAUCUGAAUGCUAGACUAGGACCCGAUGAGACCAAGUUUACUUUCAACUCUAAAACUAAUCGGAACGGAGAAAUGCUCAACGACUUCUUGGAGGAAUUUAAUCUCUACACCUCCAACAAUUCUUUUAUGAAAUCAAAAGGUCAACUUUGGACAUUUGAGUCCCCACUUGGUGAUAGGGCACAAAUUGACUACCUCAUCUUUCGAAAGAAAUAG